CGGGCGUAGCGAAAUUCGGCGGCGGCUUCCAGUUGGACCAGGUUGCUACGGACAGACCAUGGCUCGCAAGAGAGUGCGGCCGCGGCUGAUCGCCGAGCUGGCCCGCAGGGUGCGGGCCCUGCGCGAGCUGCGGGAGCGACCGCGCGAUUCACAGCGUUAUUCCCUAGACUACGAGACGCUGACGCGGCCGCACUCUGGCCGCCGGCUGCCAGUGCGAGCUUGGGCCGACGUGCAGCGCGAGAGCCGCCUCUUGCAGCUGCUUGGCCGCCUCCCGUCCUUCGGCCUGGGCCGUCUAGUCACGCGCAAGUCCUGGCUGUGGCAGCACGACGAGCCGUGCUACUGGCGCCUCACGCGUGUCCGGCCGGACUACACGGCGCAGAACCUGGACCAUGGGAAGGCCUGGGGCAUCCUGACCUUCAAAGGAAAGACGGACGGCGAGUCCCGGGAGAUCGAACAGGUGAUGUACCACGACUGGCGGCUGGUGCCCAAGCACGAGGAGGAAGCGUUUACCGCUUUCACGCCGGUGCCAGAGGACACUCAGCACUCUGUGCCCUACCCUCCGCUGCUCCGGGCCAUGAUUCUAGCAGAGCGACAGAAAAAUGGGGACAAUAGCACCGAGGAGCCCAUGCUGAAUCUGGGGAGAACGUGCAUUGAUCCCUGGGACUACCCUGUGAAACAGCAGGCAAAGAGUAAGGCCAGGGGCACUCCAGUCUAAAAUGCCAGAAGAGGCAGGCUGCCCUGAAGGGUGUAAGGCAGUGAGCACCAUUUUGAUAAAAUGUUUUUGGGUUCCACCUGAAUCAGUUUCCUGGGUGCUGAUUAUCUUAUCCGACCUCCGUGAUUUGUUCUGAGACUGCACUGAACAAAGGUUGGCGCCAGACCCACUUGUUUCUUUCCUCUCUACCUGUUGCCCAACACCUAAAUUUCACCGAGAAGGCCACACAGGAGAUAGCUGCUGGGAGAAAGCUGAAAGCUGGACUAGCGGUUGCAGAGCUCCAGCACUGGCCCCUGUCACUUCCAUGUUGGGUUGCCUUCCUUAUCCGUGCAUUACUUCAGCCAGGCACAAAGCUUGAACGCGAAUAAAAGCAAAUGAAGCAGCCCCGGGUUGUGGUUUCUUCGAGUUUGGGUUGGGAGACACCGUGGUGGAUGGGCUGCA